UCCCCCCGGGGCCACGUGCCGGUGGCGGAAGCGCGCGGGGGGAGCGGGGCGGUGGCAGAGCGGCCGUGGGGCCUGGCCGCAGCCCGCAGGAUGCUGGCCCGGGGCCGGCGGCUCUUCCGCCGCUGCUGCCAGCCCUUCUUCAGGGGCCGGUUCCUGCUGGCCACCAACACGGUGAGCUGCGGGGCGCUCCUGGCCGCCGGCGACACGCUGCAGCAGGUGCGGGAGCGCCGCAAGGACCCGGCCCGGCCCUGGGAGCCUGCUCGCACAGCGCGCAUGUUUGCCAUCGGCUGCAGCAUGGGCCCCUUGAUGCACUACUGGUACCUCUGGCUGGACGGAGCCUUUCCCGCGAGGGGCUUUAAGAGCAUGAAAACGGUGCUGAAGAAAGUCCUCAUUGACCAGCUGGUGGCAUCUCCAGCCCUGGGAGUCUGGUAUUUCUUAGGCAUGGGCGCCCUGGAGGGCCAGUCCCUGGAGGAGAGCUGGGGCGAGCUCAAGGAGAAAUUCUGGGAGUUUUACAAGGCCGACUGGUGCGUGUGGCCGGCGGCUCAGCUCGUGAACUUCCUCUUCCUCCCGCCCAAGUACCGGGUGGUUUACGUGAACGUGAUUACGCUGGGCUGGGACACGUACCUCUCCUACCUCAAGCACAGGCAUAACCAGCCCCUGAGCGCUGAGCACGACUCGCAGCACGUGGACCAGCGCAGCAUCGGGAUGUGAACAGGCAGCGCUGAAGCCGUUCUCGGAGGCUGCUGCCAUGUUUUCGUAAACCGCCCAGCGCUAAUCAGUUGUUUGGGUUCCUGUUGAAGCUGCGAGCGCUGUGAGCGUGGGCAGGAGCCGGCUCACGGCGGCCACGAACGAGGUCUCGAUCCAGGAAAGAAAACCCGUUUCCGGAGACAAUCACAGCCAUGGGCUGCGCCUCACUGCAGCCGGAGAUCGUGCUAAUUAACUCGUCUACUGAUUGCAAUUAGGAGUUUAGAUUGUAUUUUAGAGAAUCUUGUGUCAAAGGCUAUUUAAUAGAGCUGAUUUUUCUAUUCUUCCACAGAGCCCACGCUGUUAGGGAGGGGAGCAGCUGCUGCAUUUAUCUUUGCAUCCAGCACCUGGGGUUCUGGUCCCCAGGGCUCUCUGCUCUGCUGCAGGCAGGUUUUUCCCUUCCCGGCAAGGUUGGCCCCUCGCUCUUCUGCUAGGGAGCAGCCCUGACAGCGAACACGGCAACUCCAAACCAUUCCUUGCUCCCGAUGCAGCCGUUUGUUUGGCAAAUCGAUGCCGCCCCUCUGCUCCUCCAGCCUUUCCCUGCUUUCUCUCUUCAGACUCUUGCCUAUUACCAAGGGGAAAGUCACUAACUCCAGCACUGCCUUUCCCCUCUCCGUGUUCCCCUGCCUGUUUCAGAGGAUGGACUCCACCGUGGUGGGCUGUAGCCCCCAGACUUGUAAUUGUAGCUGUGUAAUCGCUGCCCUCUGUCCAACACGGCUGAGACCAGAACUUGAGCCAAAACAGAGGCUUUGCAAAAGCCUUCUUCAGGGAAGGGCUGCUGCUGGGACCACAGCAGCCCCUUCUGUCCCAGCUCUCGGCAGGCCCUGCCUGGAGCUACGCUGGGGCUGAGCAGCCCUUGGCAGCUCCUUGGGCCGCAAACUCCCCUUUCCUUGCUGCCGCCUGCGCGCAGGGUGCUCGUGCUCGGGGCUGGCCCCUUGCCGCGGGCUCCAGCGCAGGAGGCUGCCGGAGCGUUGCUGCAGGGCCCCGGGUGAGCGCGAUGCUCGCUCUGUAACCUGGGAACUUAUUUAUUUACAGUGUCGAUGAAAACUGUCUUAAUAUGCCUAAAUCAACUUUUCUAACGAUUAAAGAUGAGCCUUACUUACA